UAUAAGGCCGUUUGAUCAUCCACCUUGAAUAAUCCCAGAAUCGUAUCUCAUCUUUUCAACACUAUCAUCACAAUGUCGCCCUCAGCCGAGUUACCAAGCCGUGAUGCCCUCGCCUCUCGAGUCGUUCCUAGCAUGAUCUUCAGCGAUGGCAGUCCCUCCUCCAUGACCCCACCCCCGCAACCCAGCUUAGAAAGCGACACCACCAAGCGCGCCCAAAACCGCUUCACCGUCCAAGGCAACGCAGUCGUCACCGGCGGAGCGGGCACUCUCGGAUUACAAUCCUGCGAAGCGCUUCUCGAGCACGGCCUAAACGGACUAAUGAUCCUCGACGCGAACCCCACGCACGCAGGAACCAAAAUCACCGAACUCCAAAAGAAAUUCCCCCACGCCAAAAUCACCACCCUCCAAGUCGACGUCACCGACGAAGUCGCCGUCAACGCCGCAAUGGACACCACCACUCAGACCCUCGGCUCCAUCGAUGCCCUCAUCUGCUUCGUCGGGAUCGUCGGCUGCGUGGAAACACUGGACAUGCCAGUGAGCCAGUGGCGCAAUGUCAUUGACGUAAACACCACAGGCUCAUUCAUCUGCGCACAAGCUGCGGCCCGACGAAUGGUCGCGCAGGGAACUGGUGGCUCUAUCACCUUCAUCGCCUCUAUCUCCGCGCACCGAGUCAACUAUCCCCAGCCUCAGGCUGCAUACAAUGUGAGUAAGGCGGGCGUGCUAAUGCUGAAGAAUUGCCUAGCGGCCGAGUGGGCGCGGUAUGGCAUUCGAACGAAUAGUAUCAGUCCGGGGUAUAUGGAUACGAUUUUGAAUGAGGGGGAUGGGAUCGCGGAACAUCGGAGGGUGUGGGCGGCGCGGAAUCCGAGUGGGCGGAUGGGGGUACCGGCGGAGUUGACGGGGGCGGUGGUGCUGUUGGGUCACCCAGACUAUGAGAUCCAUACAAUGCUUCGAAUAGCCAUACCCUAG